AUGAAGAUUGAAGAAACAUUCAGAGUCAAACAUGAAGAUACUGAGAAACAAACAGGCUUGAUGGCACAGAAAGAGGAGAACCAAGAACUAAAUGGAAUGGAAAACAAAGUUCAGCAUGAGAAUCAUCAUGAUUUCAUAGCUGGAGAAAAGCCUUACACGUGCCCUCAGUGUGGGGAGAGUUUCACGAAUAAAACAGGCCUUAAAACGCACAUUAGAAGUCACACUGGAGAGAAACCUUUCACCUGCGAACUGUGUGGAAAGAGUUUCGGUACAAAAGGACACCUUAAUCAGCACAUUAGGACCCACUCUGGAGAAAAGCCUUACACCUGCCAACAGUGUGGAAAGUGUUUUACUUCAAAAGGAAAUCUUGAAAAACAUCUGACAAUUCACACUGGAGAAAAGCCUUACACCUGCGAACUGUGUGGAAAAUGUUUCAAUAAUAAAUCCAACCUUAAAAAGCACACUAAUAGUCACACUAGAGAAAAACCUUUCACCUGCGAACUCUGUGGAAAUAGUUUCACUGAAAAAGGAAGUCUUAAGAAGCACAUGAUGAGAAUCCACACUGUAAAGCAGUCUUUCACGUGCCCUCAGUGUGGAACUGGUUUCAAAAGUAAAGUAUCUUUUAAUAACCACAUGAAGACUCACUCCAGAUCACAGUUUUAUAUGUCACUAGCGUGGAAGGAGUUUCUCGGACAGGAAAAAACAUGAGAAUCAUGUAAUAACUCGCAUCAAAGGAAGCUUCUUUUUUUGUCAUUAGUUGUCACACUGAAGAGGAGACAUUCACUUGUCUUAAAGCAAUAGUUAACCCAAAAAUGAAAACUGUCAUCAUUUACUUACCCUCAAGUUGUUCCAAACUUGUGUCUUUUUUUGAUUUAUGACCCUCUAAUUGGACGUACACAGGGGUUGAUUUGGUGUAGUUGAGAGAGUGAAUCUGUGUGUAGUAGAAAAAGUUAGCAAGUUAUACUCUGGAGUAAUUUUAAUUAUUUUCUCUUUAGUUCUUGUAUGUUCUCUCUUAAAAGAGACUGUUUAUGAUGAGUCAUAUUAACAAAAACAAUGCAUCACAUCUUUAUGAACUUUUAUUU